AUGGUCAGCAGCCUAGUUCAGGCCAGUCUCAAUAUCCAAGUCAACGAUGCUAACUCCCUCGCGACUGCCGGCACGGCCAUCGCCGACCCGAUGAUGACCUUCUACAAGCAAAACCAGACGGAAGGCAUUCCCGGAAAACUCACCGACACCUGGUACAUUGCCGGCAGCAUGUUCAUGACCCUGAUCCAGUUCUGGCACGCGUCCGGCGUGACUACCUACAACUCGGUCGUUUCGCAUGACCUGAUGUUCCAGGCCGGUGAGAACUACGACUUUUUCUCGGCCAAUUAUAGUCAGUGGCUGGGUAACGAUGAUCAAAUGUUCUGGGGAUUGGCCGCCAUCACUGCUUCCGAGGCUGGCUUACCGGAGCAAGACGGGAAACCAUCUUGGACCUCGCUGGCACGCGCCGUGUUCAACAUGCAGGUCAAUCGCUGGGAUAACCAGACCUGCAAUGGAGGCAUGCGGUGGCAGGUUUGGCCUUACCAGGCGGGGUAUACGAUGAAGAACGCCAUCUCGAACGGAGGACUGUUUGAGCUAUCGGCCCGCCUUGCUCGCUUUACCAAGAAUGGAACGUAUGCCGAAUGGGCAGAGAAGAUCUGGGACUGGUCCGCCACGACGCCACUGCUCAACACGAACCUUACUAUCUGGAACAUCGCCGAUUCAACCUCCAACGAGGCCAACUGCAAGGACGCCGGGAACAACCAGUGGACUUACAACUACGGGACGUAUCUAUCGGGAGCGGCUUUUAUGUACAACUACACCAAUGGCAGCGCCGUGUGGGAGGAGCGCGUCAACCGUCUGCUCGAUUCAACCUUCGCGAAAUUCUUUCCGGCCCAGUUCAGCAGCACCAAUUACGGCAACGGAUCGGUGCUCUCUGAGGUCGCGUGCGAGCCUAUUCUGUCUUGCGAUCGCAAUCAACUCUGCUUCAAGGGUUACGUGGCUAUGUGGUUGGCGUUCACGGCUAUCCUGGUGCCGUCCACGAGGGAUCUCAUUGCGCCGAAACUCGCGGGAUCCGUGGAGGCCAUCAACUUGCAGUGCUCGGGCACGGCGGAGGGGAUGAGCAACUUGUGCGGCGUGCGAUGGUAUCAGCCCUCGUGGGACGGCGAGCUGGGACUGGAAGUCCAGAUGAGCGCACUGGGUGGGGUGACCUCACAGCUGAUGCUGCUGGCGAGCCAGUCGCCGCUGACGAUCGACACCAACCCGAACGCAACGGAGCAUCACAUCGACACGAGCGCGGACGAGAAGAACCCGUCGGAGUCCAAGCCCAUCACGACGGCCGAUCGCGCGGGGGCGUGGAUUCUGACAGUGAUGCUGGGCAGCGGAGCGAUCGGGUGUGUUGGCUGGUUGAUCAAGACACAGUAG